AUGUCAAGCACCUCGCAUGAUCCUCGAUUGCUGUACAGCGUCAACAAUAUCCGCGCAUUCCAUAUCCAAGAUGGAGAGGAACAGGAGUUGACCCCAUCUGGACCACAAACCCUCUCGUUACUUAUGGUCCCAACAGCUACUUCACCAUCUAAUAUCCCACCAUACGCAGUUGGCGCGGGCGCAGAGGCACCCGAAGAGGAUUUCUACCUUCACCUGUAUCUUCCACCUGAAUUGGAUUUGGCCUUACCGGCAACAACUCAGAUCUUCCAUCAGCCACCCGAUAGCUACCUUAUUCCUCGUUGGGAUCUUGCACCCGGCGCUUUCCUUCGCAUUCAGUUCCCUGGGAUCGGUUCUGGCCCUCAAAAUGUGACCCAAGAUGAUAUCGACACAUUUGAAACAAUCCUCGCUCAAUGCACGGCAUUUUUGGAGCACGCGAACCCUCCUCGAAAGUUUGAAGGAAAGUCCAAGGACUCCGCGGCGUACAAUUCCACUGGAUCAUAUGGGGCGUAUAAUCCAGCUGACUAUGCGCCUGGCGAGGGAUAUAUCACAUCGGGUGACCCUCGGGAAGCGCAUGGAAAGAUUGUGCUUGUCGAUGAGGAGGAUGGCAGCGUAGUCGGGGAGUUGGGCGAGGGAUACCAAGUGGUAGAGGACCCAGACGUGAAACCAGGAUCCAAACUACCAGUCAACAUUGAGCUUCCUGGAGAGGGAGAAGGGAAUCGCGUCAGUAUCAGCAACGUCUCUGAAGAGUACCUGGCCAUGUCACGACAUCCCGCGUACAAAAACUCGACCAUCGUCCAGACCUCCGCUACUGCAUCUCGUCUGAUUGUUGCAACAUCUACCUCGCUGGCGAAUGCCCUCACGAGCGGUGCAGAGAGCUUCACUAAGAAGACCAAGCCAAACCCGAAGCCAUUGACUUUCUCCGAUGCGACCCAUGCGCACGUCCGUAGAGUCGGCACGCUCUCAGAUAGCGCAGCUAAUUUCUCAGCUCGCACUCUGGGUCAGGUUGAGCGAGUAGCUCAGAACCUGGGUGCAUCACUUGCACGCAACAAUGCCACCGAGACAAAGGCCAAGGGAUUUGACAAGCGUAACCCGCCACCUGAUUACAAGCCCGGUGUCCUGAACAAAUCCAUGAUUGCAUUCACUACUAUUGCAGAUGGAAUCUCGGAGGGCGCACGGAAUAUCUUGCUUACAGGCUCAACUGCUACGAGCGCGAUGAUCGGACACAAGUAUGGUCCCGAGGCAGGCGACGUAGCCAGUAAUUUGACUGGUGGUGUCAAGAACGUCGGUCUGGUCUAUAUUGAUGCCACAGGUGUGAGUCGACGGGCGCUCCUCAAAUCCGUUGCUAAAGGUAUGGUUGUGGGUCGGAUGCGUGAUGGGAAGCAAGUCGUGGUGGGUGGCGGAGAUGGAGGCGAGUUCUCAAAUGAAGCUGGUCCAUCAGGUUCUUCGCGGGAUCCAUCUAACCCCACCCCACCUCCUGCAUACGGUGCUUCGGGAACGACAUCCCUUGGCGGCACGCCUAUGACGAUGUCUGGUGGGAAGCGGUGA